AUGGUCGACGACGGCCCGGACCUAGAGUAUGUCGUGGGUCUCUUGCGGUACUCAGGCGUCGGCCAGCUGCAGCAGACGUGCGAGGUGAUCGGUCUUACGGAACAAGGCGGCAAGUGCCUGGUGGCUGUGCCCGGAGCUGUCUGGCACAAGCGACCUCCCAAGCGCACGUUGCCGAAGAACGCCCUUCUGAAAGCCACUGCUUUAGAGGUGGCGGCCGUGAGUGUCGACGACCGGAGCGAAGCUUUGCCUGGAGCGAGAGUGGAUUACUUGGGGUCCGGGCCCGAUGCGGCGUUCGGGGUCGACUCGCUUGGCCAGGCUCUGUUACCGCACGCCCAGGCCCUGUACACCGCUGUGAACGAUGUCUUCGCCUUCCACUCAGCCGACGCCAUGUCCAAGAUCGCCUCCGGCUUCAAGGUCAUCAUGGAGCGGGAACAACGGGCAGCCGACCCUCAGACACCGCCUCCAAAAUUCGUGAAGCCCCGAGCCAAGGCCAGACAAAAGGCUGUGGAGGAAGCCGCUCCACAGGCGAGGCCGGCGGGGAACAUACGCUAUGCCAACCUGGACCCGGGAGUCGCGCUGGCUGCGGAGGAGGCCGGAGUGCAGGCUGAGGCCCUUGCCGAGAUGGACCGUCUCGUGGGAGCCGGCCCGCUCGGGCCGGAUUGCCAAAGAAGCCAGUCGGGCUUGCGGCUCGUCGUGGCGGGGUCUUGUCCGAGUCAGGACAACCCGAAGUUGAUUACGCGCGCCAUCGCCAACCUGAUGGCCGAGGAUCUCUUGGGUGUGGCCCAGCCGGGCGUUCCAGCGUCAGCCCGAGCGUGGGUCGAGCACAGGUCGCGGAUCGGCCCCUACCAGACACUUGCCAAGACGGCCCGGUUGAGCGUCCACCUCCUGAUGCUCGACCAGGUUGCGUUGGGACACUUACGCGAGCAGAUGGAGUUUGCCGAGAAGCGGGAGAAGCUAAGCCGUGCCAAGCUCCCCGCAGGUCCCAGCACCGAACAGGAGGAAGAAGGAGAAGGGCUCGACUUCGCCGCCCAGAUCGACUAUCACCUGUGGGCCGGUCUGGGAGCCUCGCUGUCGGCCAGAGAGCGCCGAGCAGUGGGUGCGAUUGAGCGCCUCGUUGAAGAUAGCACUACGUUUUUCAAGCUUGAUGCCGCGCUCAUGGGCAGGUCCGCCGUGAAAGCCGAGGCCUCUCGCCUGAAGUGUCCUCCAGCUCCUUCCUUCAGCCCCCGGGGCUACCUCGACAGCCGCACGCAAAAGCUUUACGAUCGGAUUCAGCUCUAUCGGGCCCUGGCUGAGAGUGGUAGGCUCCUGCCAGUGCGUGUUGAACCGGACCGGCUCCAUUACGCCGCUGGUAUGUUUGCUGUCCCGAAGGACCUGACGCGAGACAGACUAGUGUUGGACGGCCGUCCCAGCAACGCCCUCUUUGAGCCUCCCUCCUUCUGGUCUUCUUCCAUGGCCUCCGCUUCUGUCCUGUUGCCUUUGGUGCUCAGACCACAUGAGUCGCUACGGGUCAGCACCGCGGAUUUGAAAGAUUAUUUUUAUCUUUUCCGCGUGGGUCGGCAGCGGUUGGCCAAGAACCUUUUGAAAGGCGCUCUGAGCAAGGAGGAGUGUGAAGAGGUAUUCGGGCAUGGGUGCCAGGAGUAUGCCGAGCCCGAUGGCUCUGUGAACUGUGAAUCAGGCGACCGCGGCCCGGCCUUGGGUGCCGAACGGCUGGACUCAGCGCAUGCCUCCUACCAAGCCUCCGGUCUCCUUGCUCACCCUGAGAAAGGCAGCCGGGACGCAGCAGAAGCCACUUUCUGGGGCGUCAAACUUGAUGGCGACGGCGGCCUUCUGAGACCGUCCCCUGUCCGGCUUGGGAAGUUGAUGCUUAUAACGACCAGGGUCGCUUGCCUUGGGGUGUGCACGCGUGGCCUCCUUCAGUCUUUGGUCGGCUCUUGGACUUCAGUUUUUCUCUUGCGCCGCCGCACCCUGUCACUGCUGCAGAUAUGCUUCGAGGCCCUGAGCCACACCGAGGACGACGACGUCAUACGGCUGUCGGCCGGGUUGCGGGAUGAGCUUUGGUCUUGGGUGCUUGCCGGGCCCCUGUGUGUGGCCGACCUCCGUGCACAGGUUCUGGAGGCCAUCUAUGCCACUGAUGCCUCUGACGACAAGGUGGCUGGCGUGCAGGCCGAUCUCCCUGCCGAGGUGGCCCUCGAAGUCUUUCGCCAUUCCCUUCAGAAGGGCGCCUGGGCUCGCCUGCUUUCCGAGCCGCAAGCAUGGUUCAAAGCACGUGGGCUCCUCGACGAGGUCUCAAUGCACAUCAACCUCAAGGAAUUACACGCUUUUCUCCGACUUGAGGAACGCAUCGGGAAUGCCAUGGUGAGUGUGCGAUUUCUAUGUGGCCUGGAUUCGCAGGUUGUUUUGGGGGCCCUGACAAAGGGGCGGGCCGCCUCCCCAGCCAUCAACAAGUGCCUCCGACUCUCCCUGGCUUACCACCUGGGCUGUGGUCUUUACCAAGGAUUGGGCUACUUUCGCUCCGCGGAGAACCCGGCGGACGACCCGACACGCGGAGUCGAACUGAGAAAGGCCCGCGACCCACUUCCUGCCUGGUGGCUUCCCUUGGCACGAGGCGACACUACCUCCUUCGACCGUUGGCUGGAGAGUCGCGGGGAGCCCUGCCAGCCGGCUGCAGCCUCCACCCUGCAAUGGUUUCCAGAAGCGCAAAAGAAAGGUAGCGGCCCGGUUGGGGCCUGCGAUGGCGAGUCCUCCGGCCCGAGCGUUGGCCCUCCUUCUGCUGGAGGCGUGCUCGAUUUCCGCCUUCGAGGUGCUCUACUGUGGGAGUAUCCCAACACAGGGGUCGCACGACGGUUGGUGCAGUGUGGGCUCCCUUGGGCUUUGGUCGUGCCUCGCCUCGACCUUUCCACUGACGAGGGCGGCGCCCCCUUUGGAUUUGACGGCCUGUGCUCGAAAACGCGGGAGAAGGUCGCUGCCGAUAACUCGCGGGUUGUUUAG